AUGAAUAAGUUGCGUUAGACGCCGCGCAUACUCGGAAUCGCACACACCCGACAGAUCCACGAGUUGGACGAAGAGUCACCUUGAGAAGAGCCGGCAUGGAAGCUGACAGCAGCAUGGACCGCCAGCAGCCGGCAGGUUGCAAAUUUCCAGCAUGGUUGCCUGCGAGGUACGUUUUCGCCGUGCUGGGGUCAAUCGGCUUUGCCAUAAUCUACGGUCUGAAGGUGAAUCUGAGCGUGUGCAUCGUGGCCAUGAUCAACAGCACAGCCCUCACUUCACACUCGGAUGUCCACUCAACAGAUCUACUCAAUGCCACUGGCGCCCCAGCAGGUGAAAUGUGCGUCUAUCCCACGGAGGAUUUGGCAUCCGCCGGUACCAAAGGCGCAUUUCAGACCGGCAGGUACGAGUGGAACGAGCGUAUCCAGGGCCUGGUGCUUGGGUCCUAUUUCUGGGGCUACCUGGUGACCCAAGUUCCCGGCGGCCGAGUGGCGGAAAUGUUCAGCGGAAAAUGGGUCAUGUAUGUGGCGGUGUUGAUCAACGUGCUCUUCACCGUGCUCACCCCAAUCGCCGCCGACCUCGGUUACGGAGCACUCAUCGCAGCAAGAGUGGCCGAAGGACUCGGAGCGGGCGUCACAUUUCCCGCUAUGCACGUCAUGAUUGCCAAAUGGACUCCACCGUUUGAAAGAAGCAAAAUAUCAGCAAUUGUCUACGCGGGCACCGCUCUGGGCACGGUAAUUUCCAUGCCAAUGUCCGGCUUGAUUGCCGGCUGGAUCGGAUGGGAAGCGGUUUUUUACAUAAUGGGCGCCUUGGCUUCUCUUUGGUGCCUGCUGUGGCCCGUCCUGGUUUUUGACAGCCCUCAAACGCACCCACUCAUUUCGCAGGAGGAGCGAACUUUGAUUAUCACGUCGCUGGAAGGAGACGCGCCGAAAGCCAAGCACGAGUCAAACGCACCUGUUCCGUGGCGCGCCGUGCUAACCUCAGGUCCCUUUCUGGCCAUUUUGGUUGCCCACUUCUGCAGCAACUUCGGCUGGUACAUGCUUUUGAUCGAGCUGCCCUCGUACAUGAAGCAAGUGUUGCGCUUUGAUAUUCAACAGAACGCCGGACUUUCCGCCUUGCCCUUUUUCACCAUGUGGGUAUUUGGGCUCGUUUUCAGCAACCGCUUAGACUGGGCCCGUUCAAAGGGCUUCUUUUCUACCACGGCCGCUCGCAAAUUGGCCACCGCUAUUGCUUCUGUUGUGCCGGCCAUCUGCCUAGUUGGAGUGUGUUUUGCCGGCUGCAACCGCACAUGGGCAGUGGCUUUGAUGACCGUCGGCAUCACUGCGAUUGCGGGCAUGUUUUCAGGAUUCCUCUCCAACCACAUUGACAUUUCACCCAAUUACGCAGGAACAUUGAUGGCGCUCACCAACACAGCAGCCACCAUUCCAGGCUUCAUUGUCCCCGUUUUCGUCGGAGAGCUGACGCACGGCAACCAAAGCCUUGGUCAAUGGCAGAUCAUCUUUUUCACCACGGUUGGCUUCUACGCCGUCGAGGUUAUUACCUAUUCACUCCUGGGAUCUGGCGAAACGCAACCUUGGAACGAACCGAAAAACAAGUAUGACGCCGGCAAUGGAGAUGGCGAAACAGAGGUCGCUCGUCUUUAAGAAUUCACAUUGUUGCUAUUAUUUUGAGGUAUCAAUGAAGCCACUAUCAUGCCUCGCAAAAAUUCACUGAAUAUCGAUGAAAAGAUAACAUGACAUUUGUUUACUAAUUACUUAGUUAGUGAAUGUGAUUUAAUGUGAAGCGUAAAUAAACAAAAAUUUUAUUGAAACUUGUCAAACCUCUUAUUCAGGCAUAAAAUUAUCUACAUCAAUUGGUUGCAAUGACGUGCAAUUACAGUGUGAUUUAAUUUUAAGACAUCUCUAAUUUGUAUUUUUGAAGUUUUUCUUGCUGUGCAAUUUCCAUAAAAAUCUUGAAAAUAAUUAUAAUUGUAAUUAACCUGCCAAUAGAAUAUAGUUAGCUUUGACGAUGUAUUACGGCAUGAAUAAAAAUUGAAGCUAAAUAAAGCUCAAU